AUGGCGAAAGCAAGGACUCAGUCAAAACACUCGCGGGCUGCCCGGCGGGCGGCCUCACCGAGCCUCGACCUCGACAAGUCCCUGGCGAAUCUCCCCCGGCCUGAAGACACUCCCAAGCCACGCGAGUCAAUCCUAGCCGAUCGUGCCAAUGCCGGUGUGACAAAGAAGCAGUCGAAAGCGAAACCCAAAUCACGGGCGCAACGCUUACGCCAGCAAAAGGGUCUAGAGAGAGCGGAGGCUGUCAUGGACCAGCACGAGAUAAAGCUCACCAAGAGCAACAACCGCGCGAAAGCUGUUAAAAAUCGCAGGGCAGAUUGGAGUGACCUGAACGGCAAAGCCGCCAAGUUUGCCGCCCUCGCCGAAGCGGAUAACGGUGACGAUGAUGCCAUGGUUGAUGUUCCCGCGGCCAGCAGCAAACCCAAAGCACGCUCCGCACAAGUCACUCAGAGCCCCGUGGUGGACGAGCACGCCCCGGUCGAUGAGGAUGAGGAGAUCACCUGA